AUGUCCGCACAGCCAGUGACCCUGUGGUGCACCUUGCACCCUGCUGCAGGAAAAGAAGGCGAGUGUCGCCAAGUCCUUCUUGAUCUCGCUGCCAAGGUCUGCGAGGUCGAAAGUACCUGCUUGCGAUAUGAGGUGUUUGAAAAGGUUGAGAACGCGUCGGCGCCCAACAAGAUCGUGUUUUACCUCCUUGAGCAAUGGCCAAGCCAAGCAGAUUUGGAUAGGCACACCCAGAGAGACUGGCUAGUGGCUAUCAGACAACGGUUCGACGAGGGUCUGCUGGCCAAAGACGAGCUGAUUGAAAAUGUUAUAAGAGUGCACGUCCUCGGCUCACCUACACGGCCUUCUUCCACGACGGAUCUUAGCUUGCCCGUAUCCCACGUCGUUAAGCCAACACACAUGUGCGAGUUGGAGAAAAUUUCCCCCGCAUCCAGUCACCUUGGUCACAAAUGGGACGGAAAACAUAAUCCAAGGGCUAGAACAGCAGUAUCCGCCACAACUGGAGCUAGAACUUGUUCACGUAGUACGUAUGGUGAAACGUUGGAUUUCAUAUGUCCUGUCGUUAUGAACGCUAAUGAUUUCGAACCCUCGCAGUUCUUUCGCCACGGAGAGCGGACGCCAAAUGCAACCCGUUUCCAAAACGCGGGUGGUCAAACAGACUGGCCUUUCAACCAAAACGCAACGACCCCGAACGCGCUUUUCUACGGUACUGGACCAAAGCUGAUCCCAAUCAAUGAUGAGAUUGGGAAACCAUCACUCCCAGACGGCGGUCGUUCUAUUUACUGUGCACAUGGCGAGUUGACAGACACAGGACGAAUCACUGCGAUGAAGCUUGGACGUCAACUUCGCAAGCUAUACGUCGAGCAAUUGAACUUCAUGCCUGCGACGCUUGACGACCCCGCCAUGAUCUGCUUGCGAAGCACGCAGUAUCAGCGAACCUUCUCCACUAUGCAGCAUGUUUUUCGCGGGCUUUAUCCGUCACAGUUCAUCAACGGACACGAGGAAGAUAUCAAGGUCUUCGUGGCAGAUCCUCGAGAUGAAACACUCCUUCCCCCGGAGGAUUUCGACGAACGCUUUGCCGAAUUACUUCAAGAAUUCACCAGGCGAGCUGCCAUAAAGUGGAACUCUUCUCCAGAGAUGCAAUUUAUAAACAGACAGAUAGGACGCUGGAUGCCAAAUGGCAUUCCUGUCGCCGUAGACUCCAAGCCUCUGAAGCUACAUGGGGUUCUGGACACGAUAUCGGCGGUCUCAGCGACACCCAGACCCGGGGAUUACCUCCCUGCGGGAUUCCUCGACCCCAAAAUGCGAGUCAUCAUGGAGAAGAUCUGCGCAGAAGAGGAAUUCGCUGGAUACGUCUACAGCGAAGAGUUCCGUAGCCUCGGGGUCGGAAGGAUACUGGGGGAGAUCAUCCAACGCAUGUCAUCCGUGGCGAACCAGGUGGACCAGGUAUCUGACAGAACCAAAGCCCCACGCAUGUUGCUUUUUGCGUGCCACGAUUCCACGAUUGCCGGUAUGUUGGGUUCGUUGGGCGCGAUGAAGGACCCGGACUGGUUUUGGCCACCGUACACCGCUCAUAUCACAAUGGAGCUUUUUCGUCGUGUUGGAGAAAAUGCUGCACAAUGCGAAGCGAGCAUUUUGAACGGCUGCACCUGGUAUGUCCGCCUGAAGUACCAAAGUCAGACCGUAACCUUGCCAUGUGGCUCCGGAGAGGGUAACCAUUUCCCCGAAUACCAAGAUAUUCGCACGCUUGUAAGUGUAACCACGACCACGAACUGA